AUGCCGGCCCUGGCAGAGUACAUUAAAAAUCAUCUUUUAAUAUCGCCUUGCGCAAGGAAGGCAUGUUUAGAGCAAGAAUCGAGAGUGGCGGAGCUCCGUUCGCUCGCAGCCCGAGUGGCGGCAGAGACAGGUUCGCGAGCACUGCAGGCUGACGCCGACGCACUGGCCAGGCGGCUGCAACUCGUCGCCGGCGCGGUUCAGGCCCUCGCAGACCUGGGAGAAGCUAGACAGCUUGCGAGGGCUAAAGCGCAGCACGCUAAGAAAACGUUCUGCGAUAUGAAACAGGACCUAGCCCCAGUUCACGAAGACGGAGAGAUAGUGGAAGAUAAACUUAUAGCCUUACGAGACAAUCUCAUAGCACUGGGGAAGAGUGAAGCUGAUAUAGCACCAGCAACAGCUGAACUACCUGAUAUCGAUCGUGAUGUAUCCGAUGAGCAUUCGAUAGUGAGAAUCCUGGAACUAUGGCAGGCGAUGUUCAGGGAUACGUUCCUACAUUAUCAUAGACUGUCUACCGCACUAGUCAGAUCAGGAGACGCGGCAAUCGCGCUGCGCCUCUGGCAUGAAUAUCUACUUGAUUUACAGUCAUUCCUCUCAGGUUCAGUACCAGCUGAUUAUGAAAACUUGACAGAGCACCGUCGUUUGUGCAGGGUUCAUCGAAACCUACUCACAUCUCAAAGAUCAGUUCUCAUGAAUGAAAACAAAGAAUUGAAAAACAGGGAUCUUGCCGACAAAUUUGACACGCUGACUAAUCUUCACAAUGAAACUUUAGCGAGAAUAGUGGAAAGACAAGAUGAAGUCUGUACGCGAAUAGCUGCAUGGGAUGAUUAUAGAGAAAUAAAUACUGAACUACUGCGGUGGCUCAAAGAAAUGGAACGUGAAAAAGAAAAACUUCAGCUAAGAUAUGUCCACAUAAAAAGAAUAAAUAAAGUACUGAAUAAGAUACAGAAUCUCUCCGAUAAAAUACCUGAAGGGCGAAAACAAACGGAAAAGUUACUUAUAAAUCUCAAGAAAGUACUCGAAUUUACCGAAGAAGCUUACGGAGCAUCUGUCAGAAUAGAAUAUGCUGGCGUUGUUAAGAGAGUUGACAAUUUACAGGCCAGUCUUGAUACAUGGCGAGAUUUCCUAUCGCGAAUACUUGCCUUAAUAGGUGAAUACGAAUCGUUAACUAAUGACCUUCACAAACUAUAUUCAAAAACUCAAGACGAAAUCAAGUCAUAUAAUGAUGAAGAACGACUAUCCAGGCCUCAAUUGAAAAAAGCAGUUGAUAAAUUUACAGAUAUGAAAGCUAAAAUUGAAAAGACUGAAAUGCAGAUUGAAGCGCUAAGUGUUGUACAAGAACAACUUAAGGAAUGCCUUAGUCCCCAGGAUAUAAGGAUAGUAAAUCAAAAGUUAUGGCAACUUACGCAACAAAGAGCAGAUCUGGAACAUCAGCUAUCGAUAAUAAUUCAUAGAUUACAAGAACGACUAGAAAUUUACAAUGUUUACGAAACCCGACUAACACGCUUCUCUGAAUGGUUAGUAAUCCUUGAGUCUCGCUUAGAGUCAUCGAGUCAAGGAAGUGAAAUUAGUGCUUUAGACCCACAAGAUUUAAUUAGGAGGAUAAAUUCCGACAUUCAAGCUGAAACCGCUAUGAAAGAACGAGAAUUCGAAUGGCUCUCUGAAACUGGUACUAUGCUAAUUGAAAUAUCAAAGAAGGACGAAAAGUCAUAUAGCAAAAGUACUUCAAAACAAUUGAAGGAUGUCCAAGGCCGCUGGAAUAAAGUACAAGAAACGGGAAAGAACCGAAUCGCUAAGAUAAAUGAACUUCUCGACACCAUAUCACAACUCGAGAAACGCUUAACUGAAAUCAGAACUACAUUACACACUGUUGAGUCCCGAUUAACAGCACCUAUACUAUUAGAACAUUUGACAACGAGAGCCGUGGACGACCGAUUCCAAGACAGGGACGAUAUACAAAAGAGCAUCGAAAAGGAAAGCGGUGAAGUAGGGGAAACACUAAAUCUCUGUCUCCUCGUGUUCAACGACGCAGAUGUCUUAAAAGGUAAUUUCGAUCUCCGCAAUUUACGCACUGGAUACGACAUCGUCGAAAAGAAGUGGAAAUGUAUAUGCGAUAUGUCCGAACAACGGAAGAACAUCCUUAAAGAGGUUCGCAAAUCGGCCGAGUUGGCGAAUUCAUUGUUGCCCAAAGUCGAGAAGAAGCUCGAUGCGAUCGAAAAAAGAGUUGAGAAGAUCGAAACUAGGAAACAGCGAGGCGAGCCAGAGGACGAAAGCGUGUCGAAAGCUGCUAUAAAAGAUCUGGAAGCAUUGGAAGGCGACGUUAAACGAUUAGAAGAUUCCUACAGUCGACUGGCGUCCUCUCGAGGGUUAGAGCUUCGAGGUGAAGGCGCGGAUACUGCGGCGAGAUUGCGUGCCGCGGUACGACGUUGGCAACAACUGAGAGGAAGAGUGGACGCAGCGGGCGCAGAUAUUCACAGACAAUUCAUUGCCGCUCAUGGUAAAGCGGUCGUCGCGUUAGCCGAAGCCGACGUGCGAUUGACACGAGCUUUACAUCUCGCGCCGACACCGCUGGACAAGGAUGCUACUCUUAAAGAAUUAGAGAAUGUAGAACAAGAGUUGAUGGAAUGUGAGGCGUUGGUGAGUGAGGCGGAUCGAUUAUCUACGGGGUUAAGUGCGGAAGGCGUGGCAGACAUGGUGGCGGAGUACCGCGCACUCUACGCCGACGUAUGCGCGCGGCUUCACAUCGCACGCGCGGAACUCAUACAAGACGUAGACACCGCCGUACAGGUGGACACUUUGAAAUGGGAAACAGACGCAGCCCUACAAGUGGACACACUCACAUCCAAAGAAACCUAUAGAGUAGAGCUAGAAUCUGCCGUCAAAGAAACGUCGGAAUCGCUCGAAGCUCUUCAGACAGCUUUACUUCACCAGCCUCAAGACAACGCAAGUGGCGAUGAGUUGGCAACGGCCGCUAAGGAAAUCGCCAAGGCCGGCGCGAAACCGAGCCAAUCUCUAGAACUAGCCAAACAUCUAUCAGAGUUGUUACUAACCGAAUGCGAUGCGACGGAAGACGAAGCGAUGCUAAAAGAAGUGGAGUCUUUGUCUUUGAGAUACGAAGACUUGCUAACGCAGGCCAAGAAACGCGAGUUGCAAAUCAACAACUUGAGGUUGCCCCACACGGCGUCCUACGCGCUCACGUGUGAACAUGAAUCGGGUCGGUUGACUUGUCCUCUAUGCUCGGAGCGUAAUUGGAAACAGCUGGACAACGACCUCUGGCGGCUGGAACAGUGGCUGCAGUUCGCUGAAGCCACUGAAGCCGCCAGAACAGACCCUCCCGAACAGUAUGACGCUCUGGAAGACGUCAUUCAGGACCACCGCGAGUUCCUCCUGGACCUGGACUCGCACAAGUCCAUAGUGGUGUCGCUGAACGUGGUGGGCGCGCACGUGGCGGCGCACGCGGCGGACGCGGGCGCGGCGGAGCGCGUGCGCGGGCGCCUGGCGCGCGCCAACCGCCGCUGGGACCGCGCCUGCAGCCGCGCCGCCGCGCAGCAGCGCCGCCUGCAGCGCGCGCUCGUGCACAACACGCAGUUCCACGACAUCGUGGUCGAGCUUGUGUCGCGGCUCUCGAACGCGGAACGCAGCGUGCGGGCGCGGGAGCCGCUGCGGCUGAGUCGGCCCGCGGAUGCGCUGCAGCGCGACUUCAGGCGCUUCAGCGAACUCAGGGACGAGCUCGCGGCCGCCGAACCGCGCGUGCUCGCGUUGCACGACGCCGCGCAGCUGCUGCGUGCUGAAGACGCGCCGCCGCAUUCGGAUGACAUAUGCCGCAGACUGGGCGAGCUCCGGCUGCGGCUGCAGUCGCUGCGCAAGCUGGCGGCGGUGUACGCGCUCAAGCUCGGCGCCGCGCUGGCGCGCCGCCCCGCGCCCGCCGCCGCCUCCGCGCCCGCCUCCGCGCUCGCUGCCAUCGUGGCCGCCGCCGCGCCACAGCUUAUGGAGGAGGAAGAGGAGCAGAUCUCCACGAUGACCCUGCCGCCACUCGACGAGUCAGACGUGGUGCUGAGUGAGGAAUCCGAAGAGCAGGAGCUGGGGCGCGUGGCGCGCGGGCUGCGCUUCGUGUCGCGCGUGGCGCGCGCGUCGCUGCCGUUCCAGGCGCUGCUGCUGCUGCUGCUGGGCGCCGCCGCGCUGGCGCCGCACGCGCACUCCGGCUGCCGCGACGCGGGGCCCGGCCUCGAGCCCGUGCUGCGCUACCCCGACGGCCCGCCGCCGCUCUGAUCCGCACGAAACUCAUCCACGACCCGCUCGCCCGAGGAACUGUUCCGUACAUAUUUUACGCAUAUGUGAACGCGGCUAAAUUUUUACGAACUAUUUCUUUUGCUAAUUAUGUUAUCCUGUUAUCGCUGUACGAUCGUUAGCGACGAUAUGUUUUAUAGUCGCGGGCUCUGGGGCGGUCGCCGGCUUUCCCUCUAGGUGACGACCGUCGUGGAUUCCCCCGAUAUGUCCGACUUUAUUUUGGAUUCACGCGAUUGCCCGCCCGUGAAUCGUCCGGUUUCGAAUUUGAAUUUGGUAAAACGGUCCGUCUAGGCCGUCCGGGCGCCGUCCGUCCGGUCGGUGCCCGACGAAAAUUAAAAAAAAAAUACAUAGGGGCCGCUCGCCCCUGCCUUUCGCGUAAACGCGGGAACCGAGCGGCGGGAACAUUCCAGGUGCUAGGAGCGUGUCGACCGCCGCCUCCGGUGUGCGUUAAUCUCCACUUUUUGUAUAUUUGUUACUAUUUAAAACAGAAAAAGACAUCCCGGGACGACGGCCGAGACGCCUAAUUUAGCUCCGAAGCCACACGAUAUAUUUAUCAAAGAAUAUUUAUUUUAAUUUAUAUAUUAUAUUUUAAAAAAUGUAUUUAAAAUGCGCCGCACGAAGAGACGGCUUUCGAAUCGCAUUCACGCAUUGUUACUUAACUAUUAGAUAGUAAGGACUGUUUAUAAUGAAGUCAAAUAAAGCCUUUGCAUUGAUUGAAAUGUGACGUUUUAUUUACAACAGGAACUACUUAUAAUAUAUUAGUAAGAUAUUUACCCGUAAAUUUAUCGAUAUUUUAUGCAAUCUUCAAGAGUAAAGAACCACACCAAAAAAAAUAUAUAACGGCGGGUAGUCAAAAGGUGCUAUUACGAAACCCAAAUAGAUCGUCCAUAUCGGAGGACUAUCUUUAAAAUAACACUGCAGGCGUGUAUACCAACGUGGAUUUGUUCCAUUUUAUCACUUUUCUUACGAAACUAUAACGAGAUGAGCGUGAUGUCAUCAGAUGUCUUUACUCCUCGGCGAUCGGAAACAGAAUGUGUGCCAAAAUGGCGGCAACUUGGUUUUUAUAAACGAACUGUCAAAGUCAGUGUCACCAUUCUAAUAAAAUCAAAAGUAUCGAUGAUCGCGCUCUCUUUACAAUCGAGUAAUUAAGUAAUCGAGUAACUAGCAAUUAAAAUAAAAGAAACUAAAUCAAACGAUCUUCGUAAUGAUGAUGCGACACGGCCAUUCUGGGAGACGGUGCGUGCUCUGCGCCAGUCCCGUUUCUGUAACAAAAUAGAAGAGCUUUUCUGAGCUAGGUAUCUGUAAACCUAGUCAUUUGGGAAUUUUGAUUUGAACUAGAUUUCGACCAUCAUUUUUUAAACAUCAAAUUUAUUACCAACGGGUAUUUUAUCACAAUUGUUAUAAAAACGGUAGUUAAGUUGCUUAGGAAAGGUUUAGGAAAUUUUAGGAAAUGGUUUAGGAAAAUGAGCUGUUUUAUCAAGUAUAUUUGGUCAAUGCAAAUGCUCCACGCAUAAUUGCAUUGAUUAUUGUACUCGUAGCAAGUGUGAUGCUGUGGUCAUGAGCGGUCCUGUACGCCAUGAUCCACAGUAGCUCAAAAUGAGAUGGGGAAAGGUCGAUGCUGGGGUCUGGGUCUUACAUGAGACCGUGGUCCCCAGAGGUUCUAAAGGAAACAGGCAGGACGAAGCUGGGGUCUGGGCCUUAUUUAUGACCGUGGUCCCCAGAGGCUCUGUGAAAAGACUUAAAAAUUGGGAAGUUCAUUGGAUGGGAUUCAUAAGAAAUUAUUGAUUAUUGAAUUGAACUUUCAUGAAAAUGUUUUAACUAGGCAUCUAAUUGAUGUAUAGCGCGGUAGAUUCUUUUCUCGGUCAGUCCUGACUUCAACAAAAGCAAGAUUUUGAAACCAAUCGAAUCUUUAAUAAUUAGAGACCGUUUUGACUUUAAGUUUCUUUAGUUAUAAGAAUUUAAGAGUUGAUAAAUCCUAUCAUCAAAUCUUAUUUACAAUGAAAGUAUGCAUAAACAACAAACUGGUUUGAGAACCUCGAUUGCACCACUUAACCAGCAAUGCGAUCACACUUUUUCAAUUUUAUUUUCACUUAACUAGUGAUUUUAAGAGUGUUACUCAUUCGAUUACUAUGAAUUCUUUACGAUAUUAAUUACUUUAUAAAGGAGCACUCUACUUCAGUAUCAUAACAAAAUGAAAACGACUCACCAAAAUGCUGCAAAAUACUAGCAAGGGUAGCAAUGAUGCAGACGUCUACACGUCGCUCAAUAACAAUGCCAGCAGACGAGCCAUCAGGUUUGCCACCAUUGCAUCUUCUUCGGCUACAGGUAUAUUGAGAGUAGUGACUAUCUGUUCAGCAACUGUUCUUCAUAUUAGGAACGCUUGGUUGUCCCCACGAAGGCUUCAAAUGUUUCUUCUUUUAUCGACAGGCAGAAAUAUUGCCAGGAUCGAGUUCGGGCAGAUGCACAUGUGACUCGACGACAGUACAUGUGACUAAAGUGGAUAAGGGCGAAAAAGUUUUGAUUUUGUUACCGCAACAAGAAUUUCCAUAUCCAUGACAUCUGUAUGUCCACUUGGUCGGUUACAUCCCACUUCUGAUAACGGCGGGUAGUCCGAAGGGGCUAUUACGAAGCCCAAAUAGAUCGUCCAUAUCGGAUGGACUAUCUUUAAAAUAACACUGCAGGCGAGUAUACCAACGUGGAUUUGUUCCUUUUUAUCACUUUUCAUACGAAAAUAUAACGAGAUGAGCGUGAUCUAGUCGGAUGUCUUUACUCCUCGGCGAUCGAAAACAGAAUGUGU